AUGCCAGAGCACCUUUCCAGGUACCCGGUGGCCGAAAUCCCAGUAGACCAACUCGGUCUCUUUGCCUUGGACCCAGGUCAGGAAAGGCAGGCCAUGCGGUACUCGGUUUUUGACAGGCAGAGGCACCAUGUCCACAGGCUAGCUGCCCAGUCCUGGUCCAUCAGCGACCUUGUCUCUGAGGCCAUCAGGUCCUGCAGCGAAGGGACCAAGGCGGCGCAGGUUUUGGAGCUCCAUCUACCCGGAGUCGCCACGCCGCAAAUUGUGCUGACCCCAGCCACUGCCACACAACAGCAGCUCUGUGUGCCAAUAGACAUGCGGCCAUUCGGUGGACGGCCUUGCACCCUACUGCUUACGGCAGGGGCUCCGUCCCAGGAUGUCAUCCAGCAAGCGCUCCAGACUUGCCCGGCAGGCCCAGUCUUCUUGCCUCCCGCACAAGAUGGCAGAGACCUUUUUCUGGUCGACGCCCGAGGUCAGGUCUGGUACGAGCUACCGGCAGAUUUAUCCCAACUGCAGUGGCUGCGCAUUUCGGGACAACAGCCGCUGGACGCCUUGGUCACAGAACAGGACUUUUUCGCGCCGAGCGCGCAUGCAGUGCGGACGGCAGCCAGCAGCACCACUACCUCUACGUGGGUGGGGCAUUCGGUUGUUGAGCACGUAUCGUUUGUCAUGGCUGGGCUGGGUAUCACCAUCAGGUUGCACCCACAGCAUGUCUCCCAGGUCAGUGUACCUGACUCUAUUGCAGACCUUGUCAUGGCCCUGGCUAGACAAAGAGCCCUGCCGCCCAGGACGCGAAUCGUCCUCACCGCAGCACAGCCGCAUCCGCUCACAAGGAAGCAUGUCACUAUCCUCUUCCUCCUUUUCCCGGAGGACCACCGGAGGCAUGUCAUUCUGGAUCCGUCGGCGGACGGCUCAAUGGCUCAGUCAAUCUCCAUUGACCCUAACUCUAGGCCAGAAGAGCUCGUGGCGGCAGCACAGGCCAGGGAAGGUUACAUCGCCACUGUCAAUGGCUGCCCGCGGGCUGCCAGCAGGCGCGUGCUUUACAAUGGAGACUACACCCAGGUAGUGCAGCGGCCCCGGGAUCAUAGGGUUGCGCCUACAGAUUGGUUCUAUGAACUCUACCCUGACCUGCGUCUGUUUGCUUUCCCCGUAGAAAUCCCGAGAUUGCAAAGGGCUACGGCUACUCCACUAGACCCUACGGUGCAAACAUUAGUCAGGGACGCUUUCCUUCGCUAUCUGCGCCAAAGGAUGACCGACAGGCGCCAGGUCAUGGGACAGCCGGCUGCGGAUACACAGGCAGUUGUAGUGCAAGGCGCUGCACAUGCGCCCGCCCUUCUCUUCGUUCCAGGCCGCAUCUGCCCGGUUCUUCAAGAAGUCGAAGAGGCACUCACCGCCACAGGGCUGUUCGAAGAAGGAACAACCUUUGCAGACUCCUGCGAGCUGACGCACCAGCAUGCACCGCUCUUCCUGUCAAUCCCAAGGGGCAUGGUCAACAUGGGCAUCUUUUUCCCCACGCCCACUUUCUGGAUGGGCUACCAUCUUAUAUGGCUCCCGCCAGAUGCCGGCCUCUCCGCUCUCACUCUGCCCACGAGAAGAGGCUUUGUACUUGAGCAACCUGCAGCCUUGCGACAUGGUGCUGCCGUUACGCACCGCAGUGCAGCAGCGCCGCCAAGGCGCCCGGCCUCGGGAACCUCGUUCGCACAGGUCCACACCGAUCGCCUACGUCAGCAGGCUAGGUGUGAGAGAAGCAGGCUGGAACAAGAAGACCCAAGGUGCAAAUGCAUCCAAGGUGUUCUGAGCUGCCCACGGCAUCGCGAAGAACUCAGCGCAGCCACCAUGCGCUUGCACGCACAGCUGGAUGAUGCUGUUACCGCCCUUUGCCCCGAAGCAGAAACAGCUGUGCAGGCAGAGGCCAGGGCCAAGCAGCCCAAGUGGCACGAGGCGCCAAACGCUAGGCACCUUAGCAGUGUACCCACACCGCUGGGGCGGCGGCAUGUCCCACUCCAGCCGGAGGCUAACCCGGCACUGCAAUCGGAGGCUCAAAGGUCAAGCGUCAAGGGUACUGAGAGCCGGCAACAAACCAGCCGAGGUACGCCAGCGCUGGCCCUGGCAGAUCUCAUACCACAGCAGCCGACCGGCCUUAGCCUAGGCACUAACCAACUUAAGAGCCCGCAUUGCCCGAACUCCAGCGCGACUGCGGCCAAUCCUGAGUGCUGCCUGCGCUUCGCGGUCAAUCAGGAUGUGCAAGAACACGUGCUGCAACCUUUCCGAGUCGCCAAUCUGGAAAAAUGCGGCUCUGGAAUCACCUUGCACCCCCAGGCCAAGCAGCUUUUCGACUCAUUGGAGCCACUGCCGCACCACGAAAGCGGGGACCAUGCCAUGCUGUUUGUCGAUGGCUCCUUUGACCCAAAACUCAGCCGAGGUGCCUGGGCGGUAGCGGUUGCAGUAGAGAGCCAAGGCGCAUGGUACUGGGGUGGUUUCGCCUCGGGACUCACGGCAUCUGAGCCGGAGCAUCCCAAUAGUGCUUACCAGGCCGAGGUGUAUGCCCAACUAGUUGCACACCUGAUCGUGGCAGCUAUGCCCUGGCGGAACUCAGCAGUUAUCUUCGAUGCCACGGCAGCAGCUCAGGCUCACAUUGCAUCCGUAGUUCAGGAAGGUGUCCUCGACUGGCUCUGGUUGCCGCAUGCCAGCCAGCACGGCCCCCACUGGCCAGUUCUUGAUGAGAAUGGUGGCACAGACCCGGCGCGCCCAGGGACCACCAUGGCUCCAGCAGAGAAGCCCAAAGAUUGGGCGAUGCCAACGCGGACAAAGCACUGCCGCAGCAAGCCCCUACGCCUUCUCCUAGGCACCUACAAUACCUUGUCCGCAAAAACGUGCCUCCAACGGCAUAGCCUUCAGGCCUUUGUCAAAGGCCAGCAAAUUGAUGUGUUGGCCCUCCAAGAGGCCAGGGAGACACCCGAGCCAGUUCGCAUCAUAGAAGGAGUGCACCGCUUUGCCAGCCAGGCAGUCCAAGGACAACUAGGGUGUCAGAUCUGGGUCAAUGUGGCCAAACAGCCAGGGGCCUGGGAUGUAAAGUCAUUCGCUAUCCUGCAUAGCCACCCGCGCCUCCUUGUUGUCAAAGCUAAAGUGCAUGGGCAGCCGUUGCUACUGGUCUCGGGCCACGCGAGAACGAGUGCCUCCACCGAGGCAGACAUCCAAGAACGGUGGACGGCGCUCGAUCAAGUACUGCGCCAAGCCCCCAGGGGUUGUGUGCCAAUCGUAGGUGUCGAUGCCAAUGCUCACUGGAAUGGCGGAGCGCCGGACAAUGCCAACGCGUGCCACAUGGAAGUGGUAUCCAAGCAGCAUUCACUGUGCUCGUCGGGUACCUGCACUCCAGACGGGACGCCCAUUGUCACCUGGACCUCCCCCCAGGGGAAGACUUUUUGCCUUGACUUCAUCCUCUACCCGGAUAUGUGGCACGCAGCAGCUACAGUCUUGGGGGCACGACCCAUUCUCGAUCUCCACUCUGGGGUCGACCACGAUCCCCUCCUGCUCCGGCUGGACUUAUGCCUGGCAGGGCACGCUCAGGAAACAAGCUUCAAACUGGAUACUGAGAGCACGCACACGCCAGAGGGAAAGGAGAUCAUAGUUAAGGCCGCUUCCCGGUGCGACGAGGCUUGCUUUACCAAACGCAUCUUCGCCGAAGCUGCAGCGGAGGGACCCGCCCGCAAAGCGCAGCUCAUCCGAGCCGUACUUAAAACUGGGCGGCGCUACAAGUCAGCAAGAACCGCAAUUGUCCUCCGUGAGGGAGGACAGGACCUGGUGGACCAGGCCGAGGUGCUCCAAAGGCUCGGUGCACACUUUGCAGCUGCUGAGCAGGCCACUCCUCUCCCACUCUGCGCUUUGUCCACCUCCACUGGGCCACCGGAACGGCAGCAAUUUCUGGAGGCACAGGAGCUGCCGACUAUCGCUGAUCUUGCCAGGGGAUUUGCUGGACUCAAGCCUAGAAAAGCUGCGGGCAUCAGCGGCAUCAGUGCUGACUUCUACAAGGCAUCACCAGCACGAGCGGCUCAGCACCACUUCCCUGUGGUGCUAAAAAUGGCGGCAAGGGGUCAGGCCCCGCUUCUGUGGACUGGUUCUCUCUCGGUCCCUAUAGCCAAGCCGGCCAAAGAUCGCUUCUCUGUGACGGGCUAUAGGGCGAUCGCGCUCCUCGAGGCCUCGGCCAAAGCGGUUGGAAGAGCGCUGCGGCCCCGGCUGCUCCAGGGACUGGAACGAGUUGUACAUCCCGGCACUGCUGGAGCCAGGAGAGGUUUUCCAUUGGAACUGCCCGCUGUCACCAGUCAGCUGUUUCUGGACUUUCUGAAGAAUACCAGAACCAACGGGGCGCUGUUAUUCGUCGAUGGGGUGAGUGCCUUCUACGCGACAAGCAGAGUCGCUCUUGGGACCGGUACUGCCGCAGAACGGUCAGCUUGGAUAGCAGGCCUCCCAAUCGAGCCGGCCAUCAAGGAGAUCUACCUCUCCAUUGUUCAGGGCCGUUCAUGCCUUGAGCAUGCUCAAAUCGAGGAGAUGACGCAGCGCAUGAUCACAGCGGGCUUCCGCUCUACUUGGUUCUCCACGCUGCCGGAGACCCCCCUGGUCUUCUGCACCCAAGCUGGAACCAUACCGGGGGCGCCGCUAGCCGACCUCCUCUUUCAGCUCACCAUUGCCCCGGCUUUUGAGAGUCUACAACGAAGCCUCCACAAAGAAGGCCUGGCAGCACACGUUGGAGAAGCAGAGCCUCAUUUGUUGACUUGGUUGGAUGACUUUGCGGUUCCGGUGACAGCGGAGAAUUCUGCAGACCUCGCCAACCGCGCUGCCCGCACGGCGUCCCUGACAGCUCAGGCUCUGGCCCUAGCAGGUAUCGAGAUGAACUUCGGGGCCGGCAAAUCCGAGGCCAUCCUCCAAUUGCACGGGCCAGGGGCACAGGCAGCCAAGGCCGAGGUCUUCAUAAGCAGGCAGGGUCAAAUACCAGUUCACCUGCCCGCUGGACGUGCAGAAAGCCUGGUAUGCACCGAGAAGUACGUUCAUCUCGGCAGUCUUCGCGGACCCGCCUGCAGCGCUGUUCCAGACAUCCAGCGCCGCAAAAUCACAGCGGCCUCAGUAUGCGGCCAUGUUUGCAAGCGCUUGCUGCGAAACAAGGAGCUGACCUUGGAUGAGAGAA